UUGUCACUCAUUAACUCGCACCGUCUCUCUCUCUCUCUCACUGCGUCUCUAUUCCUCAGUCGUUUUUCACCUUCUUCUUCCCUCCGACGCUCUCUCUCUCUCUCUCUCUCUCUCUCUCUCUCUCUCUCUCUCUAAAUUGAAUACUCUGGAUCGCAGCGUAUAUUACAACGCAGAGAUUGCAUUUGCUUCCUCAGAUUUCAGCGGCUGAUCGAAUCCGAUCUGUGAAAUGCUUGCUCAUUGAUCUCUCAUCUCCGUCCGAUCCGCGGCCUUCCAAAGAUGAUGAUCUUUAGCCCUGUAACUGCCGGCCAGGUUUCGUUCUUGCUCGGAGUUAUUCCGAUAAUCUCAGCUUGGAUUUAUGCCGAGUAUUUGGAGUACAAGAAGAAUUCACUUUCUUCCAAAUUUAGGUGCUCCGAGGUGAAUUUGGUUGAAGUGGAAAAGGAGGCGGUUAAAGAGGAUGACAGAGCUGUUUUGUUGGAGGGAGGAGGUCUUCAAUCUGCCUCCCCGAAAGCUCGAACUCCAUCUGGAUAUCCGCCAAUUUUCAGGUUCAUGUUGAUGGAGUCGUCUUUCUUGCUUGAUAAUCGGCUGACACUUAAGGCAAUAUCUGAAUUCAGUAUUCUGUUAGCAUACUUCUACUUAUGCGACCGCACGGAUUUCUUCAAUGCAUCAACAAAGAGUUACAAUCGGGAUCUUUUCAUAUUUCUAUACUUCCUUCUCAUCAUAGUUUCAGCAAUGACUUCUUUCACGAUACAUAAUGAGAAGUCGCCAUUAACCGGGAAAGCCAUACUGUAUUUGAAUAGGCAUCAAACUGAGGAGUGGAAAGGGUGGAUGCAGGUGUUAUUUUUGUUGUACCACUAUUUUGCUGCAACAGAAAUUUAUAAUGCAAUCCGAGUAUUUAUUGCUGCAUAUGUCUGGAUGACUGGAUUUGGAAACUUUUCUUAUUAUUAUGUUCGCAAAGAUUUCAGCCUAGCAAGAUUUGCACAGAUGAUGUGGCGGCUUAAUUUCUUGGUACUGUUUUGCUGCAUUAUCCUUAACAACAGUUACGUGCUGUACUACAUCUGUCCGAUGCACACUCUAUUCACUCUUAUGGUUUAUGGGGCACUUGGUAUUAUGAACAAGUACAAUGAAAUUGGGUCAGUGAUAGGUGUGAAAAUCGCCGCUUGCUUCUUGGUUGUUAUCUUGGUGUGGGAAAUACCUGGAGUGUUUGAAUUUCUUUGGUGGCCAUUUACAUUCCUCCUUGGCUACACAGAUCCUGCGAAACCAGGUUUACCCCUCUUACAUGAAUGGCAUUUUCGGUCGGGCCUUGAUCGAUACAUAUGGAUAAUUGGAAUGAUAUAUGCUUACUAUCAUCCAACUGUUGAAAGAUGGAUGGAGAAACUGGAGGAAGCAGAAUGGAAGCGUAAAACAUCGAUCAAAUCAGCUGUUUCUUUGAUGGCCUUAACGGUGGGGUACCUAUGGUUUGAGUAUAUAUACAAGAUGGACAAACUUACUUACAAUAAAUAUCAUCCUUUUACCUCAUGGAUUCCUAUAACGGUCUACAUAUGUUUGCGAAAUGUCACACAGCAAUUCCGCAGCUACUCUUUGACUCUUUUCGCAUGGCUUGGAAAGAUCACACUGGAGACCUACAUCUUGCAAUUCCACGUCUGGUUAAGAUCAAGUACCCCUGAUGCUCAGCCUAAGUUGUUGCUUUCUAUCAUCCCGGAUUACCCAAUGUUGAACUUCAUGCUCACUUCUGCCAUAUACGUUGCUAUCUCUUACAGGCUUUUCGACCUGACAAAUACAUUGAAAAUAGCAUUUGUACCUAGUAAAGAUAACAAGCGCCUUGUCUCCAACAUAGUUACAGCUACCGCAGUUUCAUGUGGGUUAUACCUCAUCUCUUUCGUCUUCCUCAAAAUCCCCCAAAUACUGGCUUGAGCAAUCAAAUAUGUAAAAGAUAUAGAACAACACAAGGCCAGUUGCUUCUCAAGGUUUCUGUGUCACGGGAAAAUACCGUUCGACCGCAAGAGUUCUUGCAUCCGUAACCCGGUGGGGAUAUCAAUUCAUCGGCUGCUAAUCAGAGCCCUGGGUUGUUAAUCAAAAUGCAGAUCAUUGUAUUAGUUCUGUUUUUCAUUGUUUUGUCUACGUUGUAAUAGUAUUAGAUUUCGGGACCUAAAUUGUACAGGGAAGGGUGAGUAAUUGAAUUGAUUUGACCUCCAACCCAGGAGGAUACCUUUGCCAUUCUUAAUACUACCAAAUGUCGACGUUUUUACUA